UACCUCCUGGACUUUUCUUAAUUUAAUGUAUAUAUGUUAUGGCUUUACCUCGAUGCAGCUGAUACCUUGUGCUUUGCUAUCAUUAGUAAUACAUCCCACGGCAUCAAAAAAUAGCUGGAGUGGGAUUGCCGUGGCCUUCUGUUCUUAUCUUAAUUCUAUUUCGUUGCUACCUCAGCUGCAGGUCAUACGGAAGAGAGAGAGUGUUGAUCGAGUUACAGCACAAUAUAUGUUUUGGCUGGGGUGUGCAAGAUUAGUAUAUGUUGAAAAUUGGAUUAUCGAGAUAUUGCUUACUCGAGGACAAUCGGUGACAUUUUUGGGUUAUGAUUUUGUGCGUUAUGAUAAUAUAUGGUGGGCUGUUAUGGGUGUCCUCUCUGAAAUUGUGAAUGGUUUCAUUCUUGCUGAUUAUUGCUACUACUACAUGACCUUUGAUUUUGAUGUAGAACGUGAAGACAUGCAUCUCCCAUCGGGAGUGGUGUGAGCUUCGGAUGCUUCC